AUGACUAAAGGAGGCAGUCAGGAUACACAGGAGGGGCCCUGUGCUGUGAGGCAGGUUAGGGAGGAGGAUGAGGGAGUGAUAUUAGGUUCCCCUGUGAAACCCGAGGCUGUCGAGGAGGUGACGUUUGCAGGGACGUGAGGCUGGCGGCGUAGCCAUCACUGAGAGCCAGAGACGAGUUGAGGGUGUGGGGAACUGGGAGCUGUGGCACAGCCAGCCAUGGCUUCUGCUUUCUGAACAGAACUAGGCCUACUGUAAACCUCAGAGGUUUGGUUUAGAGAAGGCCCCUAACCUUACAGUACCUGAGGGUGAUUCACAUUAUAUCUGUAUGUACUGUAGUCACUCACAGACUGUCACUGUAGUAUGGCUUUGCUUAUCAAUAUGAUACAGUGUGUCCCAGCAGUAGUUUUAGCAGAGGCUGAGGUGUUUGAAGAGAGGGACCACUGACACUUCUAGAUUACGGAGAAAGGUUAUACAAUUCACUGGAACUGGAUGACUAAUGCAUUAUACUGUCGGUGUCACUUAUAGGGAAGAUGUGGCUGUAAACAUUUCACAGCAGGAAGUAAUUCUGUUUCACUAGACAUCCUCCCAAAACCUGUGAGGUCAGUUUUAAGGCUUUGGUCACCAGACAAAGUGCUGAUAUGAUGUGAACAAAGGUUCUGUCUUACAUUGUGCCUAAUUGGAAUUGACUCUCACAAUUCCACAUACCUCUGUUAUACAACUCUGGCCCAACCCCAUUCACCAUUGUCAUUCGUCAGCACAGUAUACAGUGUUUCCUUGUUGGACUGCUUGUUGAUCACAUAAAGUCGAUUUUAAUUGACCUAACUACCUCCAAUAUAACCCAUGGACUGUGUUGAGUAAACUGUUGCUCAAGGGACAGGCCUUAUGAUCACUUUAGAUGUUUGCUCAAGCCCAGACUCUCUCAUACAUCAAUGUGAAGAGAUUUUACUGUUGAUGCAUUAGGCUAGAUGAGGCAGGUCUGAAAUGUAAAAAUCCACUAUAAUCAUGCAAAAGCCUUAUUUGGAGAAAGAUUAUUGUUGUUUUUUUGUUCCAUUUUACAUCAGAAUAUUACAUUUCUAUUGAUCCGAGGUAGAUGUGAAUCAAAUUGUAGGCUACAUUUGAGACAUUUAUCUUUUGUGUUAGUACUAACUUAAAAAGUGAGAAAUAAUCCCUUUUCCGCUAACUAGGCCUAAAGCAACCAUCACCAGUACUACAGCCCACUCACUGUGACUGGGCUAAAAUUCACAGACUCACUCCUGAGAAGGAGGAGAUUGAUUUGCAUGGAAGUUUAUCUUUGGGGGGAAUGUAAACAUGGCUGGUGGCACCAACUGUUUAAUAACAAUGGUGUUUGUUUAAAGGGCCAGUGUCUUUAAGGCUGUGAUAACCAUCUCAGAGCUGGAGGGCGUGACUUCAUCGUUUCCAAGGUGAAUGAUACGUGACCAUCCCCUUUCAGAAAGAAUACACUGGAAUGUUUUCUGAUAGCAUAUCAUAGAACACAAGAUCUACCCUGAUGGUGUGUGUUUACAUCCUGUGCUAGGGCUGCUUAUAACAACCCAGCCAUGGACUCGUUGAACCCCAGCGACUCGUCGCUUGUGUGAAACUUUAUUGGUUAAGCUGCUACUGUUUCAGAUCUGCGCUUACCCCACCUCACUUUCAGACCUGCCCUUUUUUGGUCUCUAUUACUGAGCUAUACUGAGCAUGCUGUAGUGAGUGUUUCCAAACACUCAGCCCACUUUGUAGCUCCCACCCUCUUCAAGAAUCUCAUAAUUCACAAAAAUGGAAUGCCUACCCUGUUGUUUAGAAUAGCCUUGAGCACUUGUUCUCAACAUAUAUUUUAGGGGAGGUAGGCCUAGUUCAUUAGUGCCCUUUAAAGCAGCCUUUAAAAAAAAGAGGAUCCUUAAAUAAACUAUUUCCCCCUGUCAGAUAGUCCCAUGUCAGAUAGUCCUGUGUAGCUCAGUUGGUAGAGCAUGGCGCUUGCAACGCCAGUGUUGUGGGUUUGAUUCCCACGAGGGACCAGUAUGAAAAAAUGUAUGAAAAUGUAUUCACUCACUGUAAGUUGCUCUGCAUAAGAGUGUCUGCUAAAGGAUUAACAUGUAGAUAGUCCUCUUGGGGGGCCUAGUUUAACCCAUGAAUAGGAAGCACAUAUAGGCUAUCAUUCAUGUAGUUGAGGGCUUUUUGUGGCAAUGUGUCAUAGCCUACUGUAUAUUUUCCCUUGCAGAAAUCAAUUUAGGGAUGGUUCACUUUCUCACACAUUUUACAGACAUUUAGGACCUUGUCAUAACUACACUGGCUUUUAGUUUAGAAUCCCAAUGUAGUCACAACAUGAGUAAUAAAGAGGAUCUCAUAGCAUAGCAACUGGUGUAAAGCAUUAAGGCUAAUUCUCAUGUCAGAAAAGCCAUGUCACUAUCAAAACAUCACCACAGAUACAGACAACUCCUAAACAGUGGAAAACUUCCAAUACCAGUGGCCCACAUACCUCUUCUCCACACGAUUGUAACCAACAAAAUAACGAAAUCCCAAUAUGCCUAUAAUACUGACAAUAUGGCACAGACACACUGCCGUUGCGAUGAAAUGUGAAAGUUGCAUAAUGGCUCGCCUAAAAAGGAUUGUGUGUUAACUUGAUGGCAUGAGGAAAAUAUCUGCCUUCCUUGGGGCUCCACUGGGAUUAAGCCAAUCAAAUGAUUUUAGAAAUAACAGGAACACAGACAUUGACUGAGGCUAGAUCUCCCCUCCCCUGAGAGGGUUGGGUGUGGACACAUGGUCCUAAUGCACAAUAUUUAGGCCUACAAUCAACCACCUGAAGUGGACAGUUUUAGGAUGAACUCCCCCUCCUCUGUGCUUGGCCUGAGGCUAGGUUGCCUUCUUGCAAGUUGUGUCACUAUCACACACAUUUGGGGCAGUACAACCACCUAUUGUGCAAAUAAGGAUACUACCCCAUUCUACAGAAACUGCAGCUCAAGUUCUGCAAGUUUUUUGACAUUUUGGAGGAGGAAGAAAAGUAUUUAGGAACUAAUCAUUACCAGGCCCAAAUUCCUUAGAUUUGUGUGCAGUCAAUCAACAACACAGGAGGUCCAUACAAAUGACAUGAGUCAUGAUGGGACAAUCAAGAUGUUUUGUAUGCCGUCGUCAGGUGUUGAUAGUGAAAUUACUUGACAAGCUAGUACAACAGGAUAAAGUCAAUGGAUAUUGUAAAACUAAAUUGAUUAACCCUUACAGUACAGUGCCUAGGGUUGCAAAAUUCCAGGAACAUUCAAUAAAUUCCCUGGGUUUCCUGAAAUCCCAGUUGGAGGAUUAGCGGAAUCAGGAGGGAAUAAGCAGAAAAUCCGUAAUCCUCCAGCCAGGAUUUCCAGAAAACCAGGAAAUGUAUUGAAAGUUCCCGGAAUUUUGCAACCCUAACUGUGCCAAGGAGGUUCUCACUCAAAAUAUGCCUAAAGGCCUAUCUAGCCUAGGUCUAAGCUAUAUGGAAUGACAACAACUGGAUAGUUUAGCCUACAGAUUUGUUAUCAUAAGACAAUAAGUCUGUCAACUCCAAGUACCUCCAAGCUGCUCUUUUCAUGCUUUGAUGCAGUACAGAGAUUUGGAGAGUGGUGAUUUCUAACGGACUUUCUCUCCUGUCUCUAUGCAGCAAGUGACCUUCCAGUUGAUGCUGACGGUGGGAGCAGCAGUGAUUGGCUCGCUGCAGUUCGGUUACAACACGGGUGUCAUCAACGCCCCUCAGAAGGUGAGUCUUGUCUUGUCUAUAUUUAUCCCGUGUUCGCAUCCUCCCCAACACCUUUUCCCAGACGGGACUGUCCCUGUGCCUGCCUUGGCCAGUCAAGAUGUUCCCUGCAACACGUGAAAAGAAGGGGGCUAAUAAUAUCUUAAGUAUCUCGUCCAAGGCACUCUCCAUUAAAGGGCCUCUGUGAUGUGUAAAGGACUGUUUUCAUGCCCCGAAAGGGCUUAGAUUGUAGGUGAGGAGACAGCUAGGAGAGUGCUACUCACUUUGCUAAAGGGAACAUCAUUUAGGAGCUCUCAGUGAGACGUGUCUCCACAAAUUAAAUGAAGCUCCUUUCCAUUGACUUAGACAAAAUGUGUUUCUUUGACCCUACUCCUUCACUUUUCACAUGAAAGUGUAUCCCCUGAACAGUUUUGUACUGUAGGUGCUAAAUCUAUAGAAUGGUUUUGUUUACUGAAAGCUCACAAUGUCCUGGGGAUAUUAGGUCUUGUGGUCCAUAACAAUCUUUCGGUUUAGGUGAAAGGGCUAAUCCGCACAGUAUUGCUCUUUGUCUGAACAAGCCAUGUGGCAGCUCGGCUCAUAGUUCCAGGUGCAUUGUUGCCUGAAUACAUGGGACACCUGCCCUCUCCAUUACUUUUGAUAUAUGAGGGUCUCUGUGUGAUCUACAGUCCCAGCUGUCUCCUGUCCUGAUGUUCCUCUCUCAGGAGGCCACUUGUUGCUCCAUUACACACACUCAUUUGUCUGUCAGUAUGUCAUACCUAUCAAGCGCUGCAAUUGAUGUUUAGGAGCCAGCACUGUUUUGUGAAUAGAAUAGUAGGCUACAGAUGUCGGAUCUUAAUUUGAGCCAGUUUGCUACAGCAGAAAAAUAAUCCUGCUGUCACGCCCUGGCUCUGGGGACUCUUAAAGGUUGAGCCAGGGUGUGGAUUUUUCUAUGUUUAGUUUUUCUAUGUUUUCGUUCUAGAUCGUUUAGAUCUAUGUUGGCCAGGGUGGUUCCCAAUCAGAGGCAGCUGUAGCUCGUUGUCUCUGAUUGGGGACCAUACUUAGGCAGCCUGUGUUGCACUAGUAUUUGUGGGAUUUUUUGUUAGGGUAAAUCAAGUCUGACAUUUCAAAGUGACAAAGACAAUCUUUAGAAGCCUUUUUAAAACUCAAAUACACUAAAAGUUUGCAUUUCCUGCUGUUCAGGAAAAUUCUCAGCAACAAAAGAGUGAUCAAAUUAAGAUCCUACAUCUGUACACAAUAGGAUAGAAAAUAAUAAUUUGAUACCUGUUUAUUACAGACCGGUAGACAUUCUGAUUGGUUAAACGCAUCAACAGUGAAUAAUUAAAAUGUGAUUGUAGGACCAGAUGAUCUAGUUCUCAGUAUAAGCCUAGCUGAGCUGUAGAGGUGGGGUGCCCCCCCUGUAAGAGUGGUCAAGGGGGACGGUGGUGAGAAGGAGGUGGAUAUGUAGAGGUUUGCUGUCAUUCAGACACUGGGCCAGUGUAAACCUGCCCUCCCCUCCCCAGUCUCAGCUGAGGUCCCAGUUACGUAUACACACACAUAAGCACACUGACACAUGCUCAGUAAUACCACACAAUGCCACAGCUGUUUAGAAGCAACAUACAGAGUGCAGGGAAGUGUUCACAGAAACGGUAGUAUUGCUGAACAUAGAGACACAUCCAGAUCAUUUCACUGUACCGUUUACAACCUGUAUCCUGUGCACGUGACCAAUAAACUUUCAUUUGAUUUGAUUUGAGAUCCAUGGUAAAUGUGAUAACAGCAUGACUAAUUACUGAGUGUAUAAAACAUAAGGAACACCGUCCUAAUAUUGAGUUGCACCCCCUUUUGCCCUCAGAAUAGACUCAAUUUGUUGGGGCAUGGACUCUACAAGGUGUCGAAGGCGUUGACUCCACUGCUUCCCACAGUUGUGUCAAGUUGGCUGGAUGUCCUUUGGGUGGUGGACCAUUCUUGGUGCACACGGGAAACUGUUGAGUGUGAAAAUCCCAGUGCGCCUGGCACCUACUACCAUACCCCGUUCAAAGGCACUUAAAUAUUUUGUCUUGCCCAUUCACCUUCUAAAUGGCACACAUACACAAUCUAUGUCUCAAUUCUCAUAAGGCUUAAAAAUCCUUCUUUAACCUGUCUCCUCCACUUCAUCUACACUGAUUGAAUAAGGGAUCAAAGCUUUCACCUGGUCAGUCUAUGUCGUGGAAAGAGUAGGUGUUCCUAAUGUUUUGUACACUCAGUGUAUAUGGAGACCCUAAAUGACCCCCAGCCCAAUUCCCCCAAUCUCCGUCUCUCUCUCCCUCUUUCUCUAUGAUAAGGGAUGGAGUGAAGCUGGUGGUGUGAUGCAGGCCCUCCGCUCUAAAGAGUGUAGCACUGAUUAGAUUAGGUGUCUCUCAAUGGCCUUGGUCUGCUCCUCCACCCUGCCUACCGGCUCCAAAUUGGGCACCUUGAUGCACAGACAGACGGACCUGACUGCCUCCACACUGCCCAGCCAGGAGUCCACAGAGACAGUAACACUUUAAUCAGGACAGGGCCACCGGUCAUGAAUUGACAGUGUUUUUCAUUGUGGCCAGGUGCUUGCUAGGUCUUGAGUCAGACACCUGCCUAUUCAGAGAAAUCAAGGAUAUGAAAUAAAGGGUAGCCUUGCCAUUCUUUAUCUGUAAGAAUGUUUAUUUUAUGGAACUAUAUUGACAGUGUUGGGCUGGCUAGGCUGGGCUAUAUUAGAUUUGUCAUAACCUUCUUGCUGAAUAAUAAGGAGACUGUUCUGGGUCUGUAUAAUUUAUACCCUAUGCCAUAUCUUGAACAGCAUACCCAACCUGACCUAUAAAAUACAUUAACAGUUCUAUAUCAAUCGUGCAGCAUUAUGUAAGUAUUGGUAAAGAGUAUAUUGUAUAAUCUAUCAGCAAAGCACAUGACAGGAGCCAACAUUGAUAUUUGGGGGAGGGGGCAAGGCUCAGUGCCGAGUACUAGAGGUGCUAGAUAGAGGUAGAGGGAGUCCUAGACAUAAGACAGUUGUCAGAGUGCCACGGCAAAGACAUGGGGGAGGGAACAUUCCUCCCAGCCUGUCCUACUUAACUUCCAUCACAAGCUGAUCAGACAUGUGUAUGUUUGUCAACACUGAGUCACUGUGGGGGAAGGGGCUGAAACCCGACACCACGCUCUCCCACAAACAUCCUCGUUGCUGGAAAACCUGAAAUCCAAUCCUCUACCUCCAUCUACUGGCCAUACACCAAAACAGCAGCCACCUGGCCAAUGGCAAUGAGGACAAGGAAACACUUUUUUUUACUGUCUCUUCAAGUAAAAAGGUAAAUGAACCAUUCACAUACAUUACUGUAUGUCUAUGGUACAUUUGACUGUGAUUUCUGUCAAUGGCAGUGUUGUGAGCUGGUGUUGUUUUCUCUCCUGCUCUGCUAGGUUAUUGAGAUGUUCCUCAACAAAACAUGGGUCGACCGCUACAAUGAGCCCAUCACCAAGACCUCCCUCACCACCCUGUGGUCCAUCUCCGUCGCCAUCUUCUCUGUUGGCGGCAUCUUCGGCUCCUUCUCCGUGGGCCUGUUUGUCAACCGCUUUGGCAGGUAAAUACGACACUUCACAAUGUUUAUUUACAACUGUGUUAUGUGAGAUAAUAUUACAUGAAAGGCCUAUGUACUGUAUAUGUAUGGUAUGUAAAUGUCUGUGCAAUAAUUGGACUGUAAUUGACAUGACUAUUUCUGUGUCUACAGGAGGAACUCCAUGCUCAUGGCCAACGUGCUGGCGUUUGUCUCCGCAGCUCUCAUGGGCUUCUCUAAGAUGGGUGACUCGUGGGAGAUGCUGAUCAUCGGGCGCUUCGUGGUGGGCCUCUACUCCGGCCUCUCCACUGGCUUUGUGCCCAUGUACGUGGGUGAGGUGGCCCCCACCGCCCUCCGAGGAGCCCUGGGCACCCUCCACCAGCUGGGCAUCGUCAUAGGCAUCCUGAUGGCACAGGUCAGUGCCAGUGGGCACAGGGAUAUCAUAUGGAGAAUAAUGGAUCAUAUGUAUGCUUUUCCAAAGGGAUCUCUUUGAGAGCUGUGCUACAUGAUAAUCUGAUGUUGGUCUAACUAUGUGUUGUGGUUCAGGUGUUUGGCAUGGAGGCCUUAAUGGGGAACGAAUCUCAUUGGCCCUUCCUGCUGGGCUUCACAUUCAUCCCAGCCCUGGUGCAGUGUGCACUGCUGCCCUUCUGCCCCGAGAGCCCCCGCUUCCUCCUCAUCAACCGUAACGAGGAGAACAAGGCCAAGACUGGUGAGUAGAGUACAUUUACACAUAAACACACAUUCAUACACUUAAUGUCAUCAGUUCAGCCAAUUUCAGUUCUGUCAGUUUGAAUGAGUUGAAAAUGAUCUAAAAUAAGGGCCAUGUUUCAAUAAAGUAGUUUAAUUUCAAUUCAUUCCUCGAAUUGUCUGAAUUGACCUGGUAUCGAGUGACCCAACCCUAGCAGACUGUAAUGUAACCUCCUGUUCUCUCUCUGUCUCUGUCAGUCCUGAAGAAGCUGCGUGGGACCACAGACGUGAGUGCAGACAUGCAGGAGAUGAAGGAGGAGGCCAGGCAGAUGAUGAGGGAGAAGAAGGUGACCAUCCUGGAGCUGUUCCGCUCGCCACUCUACCGUCAGCCCAUCUUCAUCGCUAUCAUGCUUCAGCUCUCCCAGCAGCUGUCUGGCAUCAACGCUGUGAGUCACCUCUCAUACACACUUCCCACCCCAAACACACACUCCAUAUACAGUGGCUUGCGAAAGUAUUCACCCCGCUUGGCAUUUUUCCUAUUUUGUUGCCUUACAACCUGGAAUUAAAAUUGAUUUUUUGGGGGUUUGUAUCAUUUGAUUUACACAACAUGCCUAGCACUUUCAAGACACAAAAUAUUUUUUGGGGUGAAACAAAAGAGAAAUAAGAAAACUUGAGUGUGCAUAACUAUUCACCCCCCCAAUGUCAAUACUUUGUAGAGCCACCUUUUGCAGCAAUUACAGUUGCAAGUCUCUUGGGGUAUGUCUCUAUAAGCUUGGCACAUCUAGCCACUGGGAUUUUUGCCCAUUCUUCAAGGCAAAACUGCUCCAGCUCCUUCAAGUUGGAUGGGUUCUGCAGGUGUACAGCAAUCUUUAAGUCAUACCACAGAUUCUCAAUUGGAUUGAGGUCUGGGCUUUGACUAGGCCAUUCCAAGACAUUUAAAUGUUUCCCCUUAAACCACUCGAGUGUUGCUUUAGCAGUAUGCUUAGGGUCAUUGUCCUGCUGGAAGGUGAACCUCCGUCCCAGUCUCAAAUCUCUGGAAGACUGAAACAGGUUUCCCUCAAGAAUUGCCCCGUAUUUAGCGCCAUCCAUCAUUCCUUCAAUUCUGACCAGUUUCCCAGUCCCUGCCAAUGAAAAACAUCCCCACAGCAUGAUGCUGCCACCACCAUGCUUCACUGUGGGGAUGGUGUUCUCGGGGUGAUGAGAGGUGUUGGGUUUGCACCAGACAUAGCGUUUUCCUUGAUGGCCAAAAAGCUCAAUUUUAGUCUAAUCUGACCAGAGUACCUUCUUCCAUGUGUUUGGGGAGUCUCCCACAUGCCUUUUGGCGAACAUCAAACGUGUUUGCUUAUUUCUUUCUUUAAACAAUGGAUUUUCUUCUGGCCACUCUUCCAUAAAGACCAGCUCUGUGGAGUGUACGGCUUAAAGUGGUCCUAUGGAUAGACACUCCAAAAUCCGCUGUGGAGCUUUGCAGCUCCUUAAGGGUUAUCUUUGGUCUCUUUGUUGCCUCUCUGAUUAAUGCCCUUUUGCCUGGUCCGUGAAUUUUGGUGGGCGGCCCUCUCUUGGCAGGUUUGUUGUGGUGCCAUAUUCUUUCAAUUUUUUAAUAAUGGAUAUAAUGGUGCUCCGUGGGAUGUUCAAAGAUUCAGAUAUUUUUUUAUAACCAAACCCUGAUCUGUACUUCUCCACAACUUUGUCCCUGACCUGUUUGGAGAGCUCCUUGGUCUUCAUGGUGCCGCUUGCUUGGUGGUGCCCCUUGCUUAGUGUUGUUGCAGACUCUGGGGCCUUUCAGAACAGGUGUAUAUAUACUGAAAUCCAAAUAAAAAUCCAUUUAAAUUACAGGUUGUAAUGCAACAAAAUACGAAAAACACCAAGGGGGAUGAAUACUUUUGCAAGGCACUGGACACAAACACAUACAGCAGGGUUCCCCAAUUUGGCCUGCGGGUGGUUUUAUUUGGCCCCCCAAGUUUUGUAUUUUUAUUUUUUAUUUGUUAUUGUUCAACAUAAAAUACUAUAAAAACACCAGGAAUGUCUGUUCCCAAGUAUUCCCACACAUACAGUUGAAGUCGUAUGUUUACAUACACUUAGGUUGGAGUCAUUAAAACUCGUUUUUCAACCUCUCCAAAAAUGUAUUGUUAACAGACUAUAGUUUUGGCAACAAGUAAUUUUUCCAACAAUUGUUUACAGACAGAUUAUUUCACUUAUAAUUCACUGUAUCACAAUUCCAGUGGGUCAGAAGUUUACAUACACUAAGUUGACUGUGCCUUUAAACAGCUUGGAAAAUUCCAGAAAAUGAUGUCAUGGCUUCUGAUAGGCUAAUUGACAUCAUUUGAGUCAAUUGGAGGUGUACCUGUGGAUGUAUUUCAAGGCCUACCUUCAAACUCAGUGCCUCUUUGCUUGACAUCAUGGGAAAAUCAAAAGGAAUCAGCCAAGACCUCAGAAAAAAUAAUUGUAGACCUCCACAAGUCUGGUUCAUCCUUGGGAGCAAUUUCCAAACGCCUGAAGGUACCACGUUCAUCUGUACAAACAAUAGUACACAAGUAUAAACACCAUGGGACCACGCAGCCGUCAUACCGCUCAGGAAGGAGACGCAUUCUGUCUCCUAGAGAUGAACAUACUUUGGUGUGAAAAGUGCAAAUCAAUCCCAGAACAACAGCAAAGGACCUUGUGAAUAUGCUGGAGGAAACCGGUACAAAAGUAUCUAUAUCCACAGUAAAACGAGUCCUAUAUCGACAUAACCUGAAAGGCCGCUCAGCAAGGAAGAAGCCACUGCUCCAAAACUGCCAUAAAAAAGCCAGACUACGGUUUGCAACUGCACAUGGGGACAAAGAUCGUACUUUUUGGAGAAAUGUCCUCUGGUAGAUGAAACAAAAAUAUAACUGUUUGGCCAUAAUGACCAUCGUUAUGUUUAGAGGAAAAAGGGGGAUGCUUGCAAGCCGAAGAACACCAUCCCAACCGUGAAGCACAGGGGUGGCAGCAUCAUGCUGUCGGGGUGCUUUGCUGCAGGAGGGACUGGUGCACUUCACAAAAUAUAUGGCAUCAUAAGGAAGGAAAAUUAUGUGGAUAUAUUGAAGCAACAUCUCAAGACAUCAGUCAGGAAUUUAAAGCUUUGUCGCAAAUGGGUCUUCCAAAUGGACAAUGACCCCAAGCAUACUUCCAAAGUUGUGGCAAAAUGGCUUAAGGACAACAAAGUCAAGGUAUUGGAGUGGCCAUCACAAAGCCCUGACCUCAAUCCUAUAGAAAAUGUGUGGGCAGAACUGAAAAGGCGUGUGCGAGCAAGGAGGCCUACAAACCUGACUCAGUUACACCAGCUCUGUCAGGAUGAAUGGGCCAAAAUUCACCCAACUUAUUGUGGGAAGCUUGUGGAAGGCUACCCGACACGUUUGACCCAAGUUAAACAAUUUAAAUGCUACCAAAUACUAAUUGAGUUUAUGUAAACUUCUGACCCACUGGGAAUGUGAUGAAAUAAAUUAAAGCUUAAAUAAAUAAUUCUCUCUACUAUUAUUCUGACAUUUCACAUUCUUAAAAUAAAGUGGUGAUCCUAACUGACCUAAGACAGGGAAUUUUUUACUAGGAUUAAAUGUCAGGAAUUGUGAAAAACUGAGUUUAAAUGUAUUUGGCUAAGGUGUAUGUAAACUUCCGACUGUAAUAGAGAGACACUUGAUCGGAUACAACUGGUUUGAAGUGAUUAUGUUUUAUUCAAAUAUUAUAUCUGUUUGGGCUUCUUGCGGUCAAUUUGCAGUCUACAAAUUAUUUGUAAUUAUGUUCCGGCCCACCAACCAUCGCUCAAGAAAAAAACGGCCCGUGGCUGAAUCUAGUUGAUGAUCCCUGACAUACAGUAUACUACCUAUUUUGAAACUCUAAACUGUGCUGUUGGUGUCCUGCAGGUUUUCUACUACUCUACCCGUAUCUUUGAGAAGGCCGGAGUUGCUCAGCCUGUUUAUGCUACAAUUGGUGCCGGCGUGGUCAACACAGCCUUCACUGUGGUGUCGGUGAGUAACUGUGGCAGAUGUGUAUGUGUCGUUUAUGGUGCACAUCAUGCACCACAUUAGUGGUUGGACAGUAACUCAACCCUCACCCCUCUCCUCAGCUGUUUGUGGUGGAGCGUGCCGGACGCAGGUCUCUCCACUUGCUGGGGCUGAUGGGAAUGGCAGGCGCUGCUGUUCUGAUGACCGUCGCUCUGGCUCUGCUGGUACGUAGACUAACUACAGCACACUUCACAAAAUGCUAGCAGCUCUCAUAAGGAAUGAAUGAGGAAAAACACUUGGUUUAUUGAUACAUGUCCUUGUAAAUAUAAUAUGUUGAAUGAAUACCAGUAGUUUAACCCCCUGCUGUCUGUUUGUCCUCCAUCAGGACCAGCUGCCGUGGAUGUCCUACGUGAGCAUCGUGGCCAUCUUUGCCUUCGUGGCAUUCUUUGAGAUCGGCCCGGGUCCCAUCCCCUGGUUCAUCGUGGCUGAGCUGUUCUCCCAAGGACCCCGGCCCUCGGCCUUCGCUGUGGCUGGCUUUUCUAACUGGACCGCCAACUUCAUAGUGGGCAUGGCCUUCCAGUAUGUAGAGGUAAGCACUGAGCACAGCCUUGUUAGUCACUGAUGCUCAACAUGGUAGAUGUUGUAGACAUACUCAUCUUGAUUAGGGUUGCAAAGCUACCCAUAUUUUACGAAAGUUACCGUAAUCUUCAGUAAUUUUGGUAAUUAACAGAAAAUUGAUGGCAAUCUAUUAUAAAUGUGGUAAUUUAUACUUUAAUAAAUGUUUAAAAAUGUAUUCAUAUAUAGUAUGAAUUUUUCAUAUUUGUGUCCAUGAGUGUCUAGGACAUAGACCCUAUGGUUCAAGAGAAAAUAGCCUAAUUACUGAAAAAAGCAUCUAAUCAACAAUGGCAUUAUUUUCCAUUAACUCUGCAACUCUUCCAAUUAUUGGAAGUGUUCACAACUGCCACCAGUUAGAUGCCAAAACACUGACAACAAAUAGAUGUUGACAUAGUAAAAUAAAUAGAAGUGUAUUAAACAUUAAUAAAGGAUGUUUGCUGAAACCCUCAUAUUAAACACCAAUGUUAUUCACUAAGUUGAAGAUAAUUUAGGAUCAUGUUUUACGGCUUUGUCAUUCAAUUUUUUAUUUUUAAAUCAUCUUAUUUAAUUAUUUCAUAUAUUUGACCUGUGAUAAGGCCGCACCAAGGGCCAGAGAUAAUGACAGACACCUUUUAAAAAUCUGAAGUACCCAAAAGGGCCGCUAGAUGUCUUGUGAUAGAUUACAUAAAAUCCUUGAAAGAUACCAAAAUGUGAGUAGUUUACUGGUAAACUUAGAACGUUUCCAGUAAUAUACCCACCCUUUGCAACCAGAAUCUUGAUAUAUGUGAACUGUUAGUUUGAAGACGUGUUUGUUUGGAGCCCACUGCUAAAUUAACCUUCUCUUCUCCGUCUCACCCUACAGGAGUUGUGUGGCCCUUAUGUCUUCGUCAUCUUCACCAUACUGCUGCUCAGCUUCUUCGUCUUCACCUACUUCAAGGUGCCUGAGACCAAGGGCCGGACGUUUGACGAGAUCUCGGCUGGGUUCCGCCAGUCGGCUGGCACUGGGGGAGAGAAGCACUCGCCGGAGGAGCUCAACAGCCUGGGGGCUGACUCUCAGCUCUGAGCACCUGUCCCUCCCCUCUGCUCUCGUCCCACACCCCCUGAUGAGGCCUGGCUAUGAACCCCCCUUCACCACCCCAACCUGAAGGGACCAGAGGGGCUCACUCACUGACUGUGUGCAAACUGACUACUAAACUGACAUACUGGCUGCCAUCACAUUUCAGGCAUCUUCGCCAAACAGAGAACAGAUGCCCCUCACCCCUCGCACAAUCCCCUGUCUCAACGUCUGAAGCGCUCCUUCUCUUCUCAUCACAACAAAAACUUGGUGGAGGCAGGAACCUGGGUGUAAGGGGGUGGGUUGGAAUGGUAGAUAGUUAGAAGAUGGUGGUCUUUUCAAUUAACUUCACAUUUUAUAUCAGAAAAACAGUAAAUAUCCUAUGUUACUUUUACUUAAUUUUUCUUACUUUGUCUGUUAUCUUUCUCAUUUUGUCGGUUUAGAUAUCUAUGCUUACAUUUCUUAUGCAGGUCUCAAUUCUUCUCAUUGAAGACCCUCAAGGCAUUGCAUGCCAUGUAAAUAUGUUUUUAGCAACUCUUUUAAUCUCUGUCCGGAUUUUUAUUAUUUUUGACAAAUGUAUUUCUUAUGGAAAAAAUUAAUAAAAUCAUAAAGAGUAGUUUUUAUUAUGUUUAUGUCAUAGUGUAAAGACACUGUUACAAAAAAAAGCCAGCUGUUGUAAGUUACUGUAUGCGUACAUUUUAUAUUUCAUUCCGAAGCAAUACCCAUGAGCAUGAAUUUUACACUAUGAUAUCAUGGGACUAUUUGAGACAUUUCUACUCUGACACUGGUGUUGUUAGUUUGAACUCAUCUUCUUUUUCAUAUAGCAAACUAUACUCAUUUGAAAAGUGACAUCAGCCUGUUUCACUGCAGGCUAAUAUGGGUGUAAAAUAUACCCAAAUCUGAGUUACAACCCCCCCCCACUAAAACUUAACUGAAGUCCCUCACAACUUCGAGUUUAAAUGCCUGCUCCAAAACAUGCAAAGAAUACACUCCCAGUAGAGCCUUCUAGCAGUUCACAAGAAUGUAAGUUGUUCUCUGAUCUUGUGCCUUUGACAGAACAGGAGGCUUCCUUUCAAACAGUAACCACAUUUAAUGUGGCUUCCAACCGUACCAAGGUCUGCUUCAUCCUGAAAGUGCUUUUAGACCCUUCGGGGUCAAACUCCCAACUAAUGCUCCAUGUUCCUUGAAAAGUGGUGACUUUCUUUUAGGGUGAUUUUCGUUAUUGUAACUCCACAAUGCCUUUGGCAUAGUUCAGCACUGUAGGGGCUGCUUUCUUGUCCAAUUUAGUUUUGUGACGCAUAGCUGACAAUCCUGUAUAGUUAGCUGAUUCAGCUGACAGCAUCUCUUGAUGUAAUGUUCCUGUCUGUGACUGCUGUGCCACUAUAAGAAGUUUUCCAUUCUUUAAUAAAACGUUUUCUUUUUAGCAGCACUUUAUCAUCCACAAUAUUGGUUGUUUUGUCACUGAAAAUCUUCCGUAAUAGUAAUUGGAGCAUAGCUCAAAACAUUUUACAAAAUAUGGAACCUUAUGUUACUGAUAAGAGACUGAAAAGCUAAUGGCAGGAUCAAUGUAGGCACC